AUGGCGAAUCUUCCCAAGGAAAUGAAAGCUCUCAGAUAUGAGAAGCCCGAAGAUUGGUCCAUUGUCACGGUCCCGCUCCCAGAGCUGCGCGACAAUGAUGUUCUUGUGCAAGUCAAGGCUUGUGGUGUUUGCGGAACUGGUGAGCUGUCUCUUUAUCCUGAGCAACAUAUCCACGAGGGUGAAUUCAUUGCCAAGUUCCCUCUCAUUCCCGGUCACGAAACUGUCGGCCUCAUUGCCGCCGUUGGCAAGAACGUCAAGGGCUUCCAAAUCGGUGACCGAGUCGCCGCCGACAACAGUGAACUCUGCAAUGAGUGCUUCUACUGCCGCCGUGGUCAGCUAUUGCUCUGCGAGAACUUCAACGCCCAUGGUGUUACCAUGAACGGCGGCUUUGCCGAGUACUGCGCCUACCCUGCCGCCAAGGUAUUCAAGAUUCAGAACCUGAACUGGGUCGAUGCCACCCUCCUUGAACCUGCUUCUUGUGCUUGCCAUGGUUUGGAGAAGAUCCGCCCCAAGCUGGGAUCUCAUGUCCUCAUGUUUGGCGCUGGCCCCACCGGUCUUAUGCUUGCUCAGCUUCUUAGACAGAACGGAGGCUGCCAGGUUACCAUUGCAGCGCCCAAGGGCUUGAAGAUGGACCUGGCAAAGAGCCUUGAUGCUGCUGAUACUUACAUUGAGCUGUCGAGAGAAAACCCUGAGCCUCAAUUUGAGCAGCUCAAGAAGGACAAUCCGUAUGGCUUUGACAUUGUUGUCGAGGCUACUGGUUCUGUUAAGAUUUUGGGCGACGCCAUCCACUACGUUCGUCGUGGUGGCACCCUCGUCGUCUAUGGUGUCUAUGCCAAUGCCGACCGGGUUACUUGGCCACCCGCCAAGAUUUUUGGUGACGAAAUCACCAUCAUCGGGUCUUUCUCCGAAACCUACAUGUUCCCCGCUACUAUUGACUACCUUGACUCGGGCAAGGUCAAGACCAAGGGAAUUGUUAACAAGACGUUCAAGCUGGAAGAGUUCGACAAAGCUCUUCAGAGCAUUAAGGACAAGUCUGCUAUCAAGGCUGCCAUUGUUUUUGAAUAA